AUGGAAUCUAGCGAAGGCGUUCUCUCGUCGCCGGCGACGCUGUCGCAGACCCCGGCUCGCGCGCGCCAGCAAUCCGCGUUGAACUCGUCGAUCUGGGCGCCCCAGCCGCAGAUCAUCGACACGACGUGGCCGCGCGCGAUCGACAGCUAUGCGCAGACAGUGUCGGCGCUCGCAGAUGGUGACUUCGCGGUCGGGCAAGGUCGUGACUAUGCCGUGGGGCAAGGUCGCGACUUUACUGUCGACCAGAGUCGCCUGAAGCAGGGCUCAACGCCGGCGACGAACUUGUCACCGAUCACCCGCGAGGAUGUCUUUGGUCCCGUCGGUGGUGCAGGUGGCGGGGGCGGUGGCCCUCGCAACAGUGUCGGCGCUAUCGGAGACGGGAGGCAGAAGGCCAGCCCGAGGUUCGAGGAUAUCCAUGUCGAGCAACUUCUGCGCACACUGAAUCUCAACUCUCCCGAGCCAUACGUGCCGAAGCCUCCCCUCAGCCUCAGCUUCGACGCUUCGCCAACCUCGCCCGAGUUCUCUCCCGCCUCGGCUUCGUCGGUUCUCCUCACUCCCACCGACCUCUCUCCGGCUCGUUCGAACUUCGAUCUAAAACUGCAGGCUCCUUACGAGCUCUCGACGCUCUCAUCUUCCCAACUUUCUCAAAACUCCUUGCUUAUUGACCCCGCUUCGCCUACGCGCAACCUCACUCUCGACCAUCACUUCUCGCCGUCGCAAGCUCAGGCCGCGCUAUAUCGCCAUCAACAACAGCAACAAUCUCAAUACGCUAAUUCGACCUAUCCAUACUUCUUCGAGCCACUGUCAGAGCAAUCGUCUCCAGUCACGCCUCAGCAUGCGCCCAUGUUCCAUUCGUCGCCCGCGACGCCGGUCACCCCCCAGGCGUUGUACAACUCGCCUCCGAUCCGACGUGUCGAUACGUCCAGGAUUUCGGUCGCGGAUUGGAACGUCCCGCUCCAGCUGCAGCCUUUACUUCUUCAGCAGCAGCAGGCCGCGAACGCCGGCACCGCGGCGGACUGGCUACGUCGCGACGCCAAAAGCGUCCACGACUACGGGUCCAGCUUGCUUCCUGCUGCCGACGAUGGCAUGCUUCGCCAAUCCUUCAGCUACCACCAGUCUCCUCAGCAGCUCCAGUCCCCCUCGCAGUCCAGCACGCAGCAGAACCAGUCUUCGCAUGUUUCGUCGUCUCCUCAUGAGCCGAUCAACUUUUUGUCCCUCUUGCACCCGUCCUCGUCGCCGCCGUACCACGUCUUCGUCUCGCGCAUCAUCAAGUCGUCUGACCAGCAGGCAUCGAUCUUCCUGCAGCAGAAGCUUAAGGUCGCGGAUGCCACGGAGCGCGGUAAGAUCGUCGACGCGAUUUGCGCGAGGGGCUUCGAGAUGAUGGCGCAUCGCUUCGGGAACUGGGCCGUCCAGCGCUGCCUUGAGGCGGCCGCUACUGCCGAGGAGAGGCGCAAGAUUGUGACGUGUAUGCGUGGACGUAUCGUCGAGCUAGCGACCAACUGCUACGGCUGCCAUGUCCUCCAGAAGGCGUUGGACUGCGAGGAGGAUAUUCGCCUCUUGAUCGUGUCCGAAUUGCUGCACGGCGAUCCUGCGCAGACGCUUGUGAACAAGCAUGCAUCGCACGUCUGGAGCAAGAUUAUGGAGCUGUCCUGGACGCCUCCGGCGCCGCCUAUCUUCGCUUACGUCAACAAGUCCCUCAAGGGCAAGUGGGCGGCUCUCGCGUGCCAUGAGACGGGGUCGCUUGUCGUCCAACACGCCUUCGAGAACCUUGAGGACAGCGCGAAGGACGGCAUCGUGGACGAGAUCCUGCACCAGGGCUCGACCGUUUUCAGCGAGGUUUGUAAGAACCAGUGGGGCUCGUACUGCGUUCAACACAUCCUCGAGCACGGCUCCGACAAACACCGGCAGAUGACGCUCGACCAUCUCAUCACCGGUCUUCUUGAAUACGCCACCAACGAGCAGGGCUCGAAGUCUGUCACGAAGGCGCUGAAGGAGGGUGGCAAGGACACGCUCGACCGCAUCAUCAAGCGCAUGUGCGAGCCUGCUAAGGGUGCUCGCCGCGCCAUGAUCGUCGACCUCGCGUUGUCGGUGACCGGAAGCCAGCUCAUCGCGAGCAUCUUACCAACUGCCGACAAGGACCAGCGCGCUAUGUUGUAUGACUGCAUCCGCGGUCACAUCGUCACCCUCCGCGGCUGCAAGACUGGCUCCAAGGUUAUCUGGCUCUUUGACAGAAUGCGCGCUUACUACGGCUACUAA